AUGGUCCCUCUCACGCGAUCUCCCAUCAGAACCCGCGCAGCCGCCAAUCAAUCCCACAACAGGUCCCCUUCUGGCUCCGACGUCAUGCCCGAUGACCUGAUUCCCCCAAAUCACGAGGUGCCACCUCACCGCGAACUCAGCUCCAACUCCCGAGCAGCGGAUGAUCCCCGAUUCAGAGCGAUGGUCAUCAAGGAAGCCAACACCCGGUUCCCGCCUGAAGAUCGCCUCAAGGAAGACGGUUCAAACUUCCAAAUCUGGCUCCGCGACGUCCAAGAAUUUGCUCUCAUGACCUUCGAUGAUGACAUGUAUUUUGAGGCCGACCACUCCCAUGAUCCAAUGGAUUGCGUAGCUAAAGCGGCGCUCUUACUCUCCCUUCACCGUUCCAUCAAGGCUGAUCUUUAUGAACUGUCAUCCAGCUUCAGCAUCAUGGCGCAAAUCAAACGACGCUUCACUACCUUCAGUUGUGCAGCCCAGCUGAACAAAUGGGCCAACCUUUUCGCCAUCCCCUUUGACCCCACCACCAAUGCUUCAUCGGUUGCGGCGUUCUUUCGACACCAAAUCCAUUCUCUCUCUCUCAUCUUGCACGCCUCUAUUUCUCACGGUACCGAGCUCCGACAAGAAUUCGACAUGAGCAUCAACCGCAAACUCUCUGUCAGGCGCGAUAUCCCAAUGAGUUUCAACGACUAUUUCAAUGUGCUCUCAUCUUGCCGGGAGCGGGUCCGCGCCCGCGACGCUGGUCGCCAUUGCGAGCCUCUUCCAUCAGGCUUCGCGAGUCAUGCACACGAUGCCCAACAUGACAUUCGAGCUGCCUCUGUCGAAAGCCACCCAGACAAUGUGUACGUCCUGGAUGGGCGUCCUUCCGGUUUCAAGACUCCUACCCCCCAAUCCAGGUCUUGUUUUUGUUGCGGCUCUUCUUCUCACUUGAUCUCUCAAUGCAACAUUGCGCCAUCGAACCCAACCACCGGCCAUCCCCCACGCCAAUCCCAUCAUCCUCCUGGACCCCAACCCCCUGUUGCUCAGUACCAAGCCUAUUACCCGAUCUUAGCCCCCCCCUUCCAUCCCUACCACAACGCUUACCACCACCGUGGUGCCGCCGCUCCGCCUGCCCCUUUGCAACCUGCCGACUCCUACCGCCCGUCUUACCGCUCCAACGUCAACACCCAUCGCCCAUCUGCUCGGGAGGCGGACGCCACCAUGACCGAUCCAAACGCUGUGGAUGCCUCCACCGCCGCCCCGUCGUUCUCUGACCUUACCUUCUCCGCUACCCCAGAAGGUACUCCUUCUGACGCUCUGUUCGACACCGGGGCCACUCACCACCUGACCGGUGAUAGGGAAGGGCACCCUGACUUUUCUUGGGCCGAGCUCAACUCUGGUGAAUCUUAA